AUGUCUUCUACUCCAAUUGCUCCUACUGUCAACUUAGAUGAACCACUGUUAAUUGAUCAACUUAAUGAAAAAAAUGAGGACCAAUCAACCCAAAUCAAAAAAGCACCUGUUAAAAAUGGAGCUAAAUUGAACUCCAAGCAUAAGCCAACAUUGCAAGAUUUCCCACCAUUAGGUAAUUCUUCUAGUAGUGUUCCACAUAAACCUGUUGCUUGGGGCCCAAAUGUUAAACCAUCCAUUGUUUCUAAGACACCCACACCAUCACCAUCUCCUAAUUUUACUUCAGGUAGUACUAGUGUUGCUAAUAGUACUUUUUCGAGUGCCACUUCUUCCUCCUCUGGCGCUGUUCCAAUGAGAUCAAAGAAAAUACAAGAAACAUUUUCUCUAGAUUUACAAGCACAGUUGUCUAUAUCUAAACCUGAAUUUUCUCGUAUUGUUUUGUCUGUCAAACAGGCCAAUGGUGUUUCUGUUGAAUCCACCCUAUCUAAAAACAGUCGUACUUUCUUGAUUAGUGGAGCCCCAGAAAAAGUUCAUGCUGCUAGAAGAGAAUUGGUUAAAAGAUUAACUAAACCAAUUACCACUACUUUCACUGUUCCUAGUAGGACUAGGGCUGCCAUUAUUGGUUCUGGAGGUAAAAAGAUUAAGGAAAUUACCGAGAAGGCCGGUGGUGAUGUCAGAAUUGAUUUGGCCAAUACUGUCAAUGAGGAUUCUUAUGAUGAAGACUUAGAUGACUCUUUUAUUGAUGUGAGUAUCCAUGGUGAUUUUGACAGUGUCACUGCUGCAAAGAAGGAAAUUUUGGACUUGGUUAAUGAAUAUACCAAAAAUGCCACUUUGACUGUUCAGAUUACUGAAAAGUUAGGACCUUUUGUCAAUUUAAAUGAUGUUUCUGGCUUGGCAAAGGACUUGAAAAUCAAUAAAUAUGAUGAGACUAUUGUUGUUUCUGGUUUAAGGGAUGAUGCUAAAAUUGCCAAGGUUUUAAUUACCAAUUACUUAAACUCUUUGAAUGCUAAAAUUGUUCAAAAGAAAAUUGCUAUUCCAAAAAAAUUUCAAUUUCUAAUCAACAAAGACGAGAUCAAGGAAAAAUUCUCUGUUUUGGUUACCUUUAAUACCGAUUCCGAGGACGUUACCUUUACUGGUGUUUCUGAUUCAAUUGAUAAAGCUGUUCAGUUUUCCAGGGAAAACUCGCAGACUUUUGUUGUUGAAACUUUGGAUAUCUCCAAGGCACAUGGUAAAAACUUGGCACAUGCUAAGAACGUUGCUUUGUAUUUUUACAAAUAUGAUUCUGUUUUGCAACCUAUUAGAGAUGCACACAAAAAUGUCAAUAUUUUUUUGCCAACUCCAGCUGAUAUUUUGGAGGCAGCCACCGUUGAUAUUAGAAUGAAUGUAAAAAUGGAGUUUAAAGAAGAAAUUGUUGCUGCCCGUAAAGAUAUAAUUGGGUUGGUCAACGAAUUGAAGCCAUCGUACUUUUUGUCCAUUGCCGAUUUGGAUUAUGAACUAUACCACAAGGAUGUUAAACAUAUUUUGAGUGGUGCUGCCAAAAAAGUUUCUUUUGUUCAAUUAGGGGAUUAUUAUACAGGGAAUGAUACCAUUUUGUUGAUUGCCCAUGUUGAUGCGGAUGAUUUUAGUCCAAGUGAUGAGGAAAUCCAGGGUGAACUAACCCGUAUUAGUACUGAAUUAUUGGAACCAUUACGCAAAAAGCAAGCCAACUUGUCUACUGAAGUUUUGAGUAUUUCCGAUGAAUUACAAGACUCUUUAUUGGCCACUGCUUCCACUGUUACCCGUAGAUUAAUUCUCGAAGAUGUCAAUCAACAUGGUGGACAUGUUCAAUUUAAGUUGCACUUGCCAACUGCAGGCAAGUUGGUUAUCAGGGGUGAUGAAAAAGCUGUUAAGGUUGUUGCCAAGGAUUUGGAAAAGAUCAUGGCUAAUCCAUCCAAGAAGGAAAAGAUUGUUAUUGAAGUUCCAACCAAGGUUGUAUCUAGGCUGAUUGGUAAUAAAGGUUCUAACUUGAACAGCAUUCGUGAUUCUUAUGAUUGUCAAAUCGAUAUCAAUCAAGAUAAUAAUAAUAAGUCCAACAGUGCUGCAACCACUGAAGUGAUUAUCAUUGGUAUGCUAUUUAACAUUGACCAUUGUAAGCAACACAUCUUGGCUGAAGCCAAGAAGUGGAGUGACAUUAUUACGAAGGAAUUAGUUGUUCCAAAUAAGUACCACCGUAGUUUGAUUGGUCCAAGAGGUAUUUAUGCAAAACGUUUACAAGAAAAAUACAAUGUGAAUAUUAAUUUCCCAGAAAAUGGAGAAAUAAUCACCAUUAGGGGUCCAUCCAGAGGUUGUAACAAGGCCUUUGAAGAAUUGAGCGAUUUGUUAGAUUUUGAAAUUGAAAACAGUCACAAGAUCAUUAAAAAGAUCCCUACCAAGUAUGUUAGCAACAUUAUUGGUAAGAAUGGUGAAACUAUCAAGGAUAUUGUGGAUGAAUUUGGCGUUGAACUGAAUUUCUUACAAUCUACAACUGAAGCUAAAGAAAAUGGUGUUGAAGAAGUUGAACUAGAAAUUAUUGGUAACAAGAAAUCCAUCAAGGAUUGUUCUGAAGAUCUUGAUAAAAUGAUUGCCAAGAUUGAUGAUUUCGUUGCAGAGACGUUGGAUGUUGAGCCAAAAUACCGUAAGUUUAUUGUUGGUCCUAAUGGUUCUGUUUUAAAAGAAAUAUUGAGGAAGAGCGGUGGUGAAGAUUUGAGAGGGCCAAAGGUAAUUAAUGUUCCAAACUCCACUUCUGAAGAUUCCGAGGUUAAGAUUCAAGGACCAAAGAACGUUGUUAACAAGAUUGUCAAAGAAAUCAAGAAGAUCAUGGAAGAUGUGAAUAACAGUACCACUAAGACAUUGGACAUUCCACAUGAAAGAUAUGGUGCCUUGAUUGGUCCUGGUGCUAUUACCAGAACUGAAUUGGAAAACACUUUCAAUGUUGUGAUUAAAGUUCCAAGAAGAGAUGAUACUGAUUCGAAAGUUACCAUUUUCGGUUUACCUAAGAACAUUGAAGAGUGUGAAAAGAAGAUUUUCACUGAAAUAAUUGGUGACAAUUAUGAUUUAGAAAUUCAAGUUCCGGCCAAGUACCAAGAUUUUGUUUCUGAACAUGGUGCUUUUAUCCAACUAUUGAGGACUGAAUAUUUUAUCAAUGUUAGACAUGGUAAUUCCAGUACUAAAGUUAGUCAAGCUGUUAAGAAAAGUUAUCCAAUUCCGGCAGAAGAAGUCCGUGGAACUGAGGGUAAAUUUAAGACCACCUUAAAGGAAGAUGUUGUUAUUGACGAAAAUGAUACAGACUUUAUUCCAUGGAGAUUAAAAUAUGAGCCUGUUGAUUUGAGUGAUAUUUUGGGUGAAGAACAUGCUGAUGAUAAGAAAGCCGAUAAGAAUGAAAUUUUAGCACAAGUCCAAGAAAUGAUUAACAAAAGAAUUGAAGAAGCUCCAAAAGCUACUUGGUCUGGUUAUAUAUGGUGUUCUAACCCAAGAGACUUCCCUAAGAUUUUAGGUUUUGGUGGUUCCAACAUUAAAAAGAUAAGAAAGAGUUCUGGUGCGAUUAUCAGUGUUCCAAGAAGAAAUGAUAAAAUUAAUGAUGUUAUAUAUGUUAGGGGUACAAAAGAAUCUGUUGAAAAUGCUAUUAGUUCUAUUAGCAAACAACUAAAAUGA